AUGUAUUCUCUGCAGCAUCCGCAAAUUGAUGAGAGUUUUUUACAACUGGAUUCCAAGGUCGAAGAAGUUAUGAUCCUGUUGCGCAGUAUGAUGAAAGCAACAGAAGAAGAGUCAGAAGCUGAAAGAAAGCGGGAGGAGACUGCUGAGAAUGUUACGGAUGACAAUUUUAUGGUUACCACCCGAGAAAAUCGAAAAGCGAAUUGCAAUCGAUUCACAUUCAUGCGACAGGUGGAAGUGGACCUAGAUGAACGCUCCAAGGCUAGAUUAGAGCGAGAACGUGUUGCUCAAAAUUUUCGCAAACUGGGUAAUGCCAAAUAUCGCCAGGGAAACUAUGACGAUGCCAUUAGCAUGUAUAGUCAGGCCAUUGAAAAUAUCAAAGACAGUCCGAUCCUAUACAUAAAUCGCUCUCUUUGCUUUAUUAAAUUGGCCAAUUUCAAGCGUGCCAUCAUCGAUUGCGACUUUGUAUUAAAUAAGUUAGACGAAAAGAACUUACGGGCCUGGUUAUAUCGCGCCAUGGCCUAUAAAAGCCUUAAUGAUGAAGCCAGUUUCGAAAACUGCAUAAAAUAUGUACGCAAAUAUCACUCCAAGCAGAUAGAAUUCAUUGACUCUUUCAUUGAAAAAAUGAAAAGUAAUGAUUGA